CUAGUAACGCAUGCGCACAGCAAGUUAUCAUCGCAAGGGGUCUAAAUCGAAAACCGAGUGAAUCAACGGCGCCUCCCUCCGGGACUCCAUCCAUCAGAAUGGCAGAUAAACAGAAUGCACAAAAGAGUGUCAAAAUAGCCGCUGGAGCCGUAGUCUGUGUUGAAAGUGAAAUACGAGGGGAUGUCACCAUAGGUCCAAGGACUGUAGUCCAUCCAAAAGCCCGAAUCAUCGCAGAGGCAGGACCCAUUGUGAUCGGAGAAGGCAAUCUGAUCGAGGAGCAGGCUCUGAUCAUUAACAGUUACCCAGAAAACAUCACACCAGACUCUGAAGUGGAACCAAAGACAAUGACCAUUGGCAUGAACAAUGUAUUUGAAGUUGGAUGUGUAUCACAAGCCCUGAAGAUCGGGGAUAACAACGUGAUUGAAUCAAAAGCUGACGUCGGCAGAAAUGUGAUCCUCACCAGUGGCUGUAUCAUUGGAGCCUUCUGUCAGGUCAACACCUGUGAGGUCAUACCUGAAAACACAGUUAUCUAUGGCUCAGGAUGUAUGCGGCGGGUUCAGACGGAGAGACCACAGCCCCAACUCUUCAACUCGACUUUCUGAUGAAGAUUCUGCCAAACUACCAUCAUUUGAAGAAGACCGUCAAAGCAGGCCACAUGCUAGCUAAACUUUAGCGUUGUCUAAUUUUAAUAGAAAUGCCAAGAAAACCUGAUUUAAAUGGAGAGCAUGAAUGUAUAUAAUAUAAAUUUGCGUAGCUUUCAUCAGUACUUUCUCUCUUACUCUGAUAAAUAUUUUCUACUCUAACCCCACA